UGCGCCGCGGCGCCUUUCCCUCCCUGCCGGUCUCGUCGCGGUGUGCGGGCGGGGCUGUGGCGGCCAUGGUGGGGGCGCGGCUGGCGGCGGUGGAAGGGCUGGUGCGGGAGCUGCUGAAGGAGGAGGCCCCGUCCCGCAUCGCCGCCCUCACCGAGGAGCUCUUCCAGGCGGCGGGGAGCAUCUCUGAGGAGGAUGGGAGUGCGGCUGAGGUAGAGCCCCGGCCUCCCGGCCCGGCGCCCCUCUCCAGCCCGUCUGAAGAAACGGGGCUUUCGUGUGCUUCACACCACAGGGCCGCGCUCGCCCAGGUUGAAGAGGGUGCAGUAAGCCUGUGGAACUGGGCUGUGACCAAACACACAGGUUCCGUUGUCAAUGAUGAGCAAAGAGCUAAACUACGGUUUGUUGCUUGCAGACUGGUGUGCCUUUGUGAAGGCAGUGAUCCUCCGGAGGGAACUAUUCGAAGACAGAUUUUGAUGUCUAUGAAAACUGGGAAAGGAUGGAUAGAUAUUGGAAAAGCUGAUCUUGCUGAUGGAUUUCUAGAGAUUGCCAUGAGUAGUAUAGAAAAACUGUAUGCGAAGUUACUUAAAGGGAGCGAUGGUGAAGCAGAUAUCCAUGUGCACAAAGCUGAUGUGGAGAAGAACCUCUUCAAAGUACUCUCUUAUCAGGCUGAAUCAGCAGUUGCUCAAGGGGAUUUUCAGAAAGCAGUGAUGUGCGUGCAGCGCUGCAAAGAUAUGUUGAUGAAAUUGCCAAAAGAGACCUGUUACCUGUCAAUCCUCUGUUACAAUUUUGGAGUGGAAACCUAUGAAUGGAAGAGGUAUGAACAGAGCUCCUUCUGGCUCAGCCAGAGUUAUGACAUUGGGAAGAUGGAUAUGAAAUAUUCUGUUGGCAAAGAAAUGCAGGCUAAAGUGCUGCGAUUGUUAGCUACAGCCUAUUUUGAGUGGGAUUGCAAUCUGUAUCUUGACAAGGCAUUGAAAGCUGUAAGCUUGGCAAAUCAGGAGAAUUUGCAUCCAGCAGGGGUUUUUUUGAAAGUUAAAAUUCUUCUUAAAAGUGGAGCAUCAGAUGAAGAUAUCAACUCAGCUGUUGCAGAAUUCCUGCACCAUGAGAUGUCUUUAGACUUUUGUUUGAAUACUGCCAAACUGCUGCUGGAGCAUGGAAGGGAAUCAGUUGGUUUUGAUUUUCUGAAAUCUGUUCCUGAACGAUUUGAAUCUUCACCUGACCUUGGAAAAAUUGCCCUGCUCCACAUUGAGUUCCUGUUGCAGAAUAAGAGGGAGCUGCUUGCUAAGCAAAAGGUUGAAGAAAUUAUUAUAGGACAUUAUACUGGGAAGCAGCUGUUGCCUGAAGCCUUGAACCGGCUGCACAUCAUCUUGUGGGACAGAGCUGCCAAACAUUAUGAGGCAAAAAGCUAUUCUGAAGCUCUUCAUUGGUACAAUUAUUCUGUCAGUUUCUACACACCUGGACAGAUAGAUCAGAACUUGGCUAAGCUGCAGAGGAACAUGGCUUCUUGCUAUCUUCAUCUGAAACAAGUUGACAAGGCUAAAGAGGCAGUUAAAGAAGCAGAGAGGUGUGAUCCAAACAGCAUCUUUACUAAAUUCUGUGUCUAUAAGAUUGCAGUGAUGGAGAAAGAUACUGAUAAAGCUGUGGAAGCAGUUAUUGAAAUGGGGAAGCUAGCAGAAAAGUUAUCUCAACAUGAAGACAGGCUGAGAGUGGAUGAAAAUACAGGCACUAACCUCCUGAGUUUAGCCGCCCAAAUUGCUUUAGAGAAUGAACAACAAGUUGUGGCUAUCAAAGCUUUGGAGUAUUUGUCUGAAUGUUUACAAGACUGCCGACAAUUAUUUGCAGCUUUAAAAUGUUUGGUUCGUCUUAUGUUGUCAAAGUUCAUGGCAGAAAAUGAAGAGAAAAGAGAUGAAGAUAUCAACUCAAUGCUGACUUACUUGACCUUGGCUCACAAGAGACUUGCUGAGUCUUUCACAGAAGAGAAAUUUACAGGGGACAUGAGGAUCCUUGAAGCUCACUGGUUUAGAAAAGUUGCUUGGAACUUAGCUGUACAGUUCAGGGGCUACCCUGAAAAGAUGAGGGAUUUUUUUCUACUGUCUUUCAAGUUGUCCCAGUUUUGUCCUUCUGACAAAGCUGUUCUAAUUGCUCAGAAGACAUGCUUGUUAAUGGCAGCUGCAGUUGAUCUGGAAAUGGGGAGACAAGUAACACCUUCUGAACAGACAGAGCUUUUGACUCAGGCCCUUCAACAUCUGCAGGCAUGCAAGGAGAUAUGGAAAGUUCUGAAAUUAACAGGAGAUUUUGCUAAAGACCCAACGGACACAUUGUUGCUGCUUUAUGAAUUUGAAGCAAGAUCCAAACUGAAUGAUCCAACACUCCACAACCUUAUGGAGUCGGUAUGGGAGCAACCACAAACAGAGGUCAAGACGCUAGAAAUCAUUGCAUCAUUAGCAAUGGAAUCUCCAGCUCGGUAUCCUGUACUGUGUAAGAAAGCUCUCAAGAGUGCACUAAAUCUUCACAGAAAGCAACCUGUCAUUGAUGCUGUGAAAUUUAGCAAAUGCCUACAUAGUUUGAUUAAUCUUUCUUUGCCGACUGGAUUAACAGACUUGGAUGCCUGUGUACUGCAGGAGGUGUGGCACUACUUUGAAGAUGCUCUGAGUGUAGUUAGCAGCACAGUUUGAAGUAAGAGUAUUUUCUGAUGAGCUGCUGCUUCUUUGCUACUCCAGGAUGCUUACCCAGAGAUGGAGAUUCUUUGGUUGAUGACAAGAGCCUGGAAUACAGGAAUAUUUCAGUAUACUGUUGGUAAAUACAAGGAAGCUGAGCAGUGGUGUGGAUUAGGAAUGCGUUUGCUCCAUCACUUAGGGUCUCUGAAGAAAAGCUACGAAGGCCACGUAAGUGUAAGCAGAUGGAUUUGAGGAUGGGGGAUUGGAUGUCUGGCCUGAAUUUGAGAUAUGGAUCUGGGUGAAGAAACCACUACAGAUGAUCUUUAAAGAGUUUCAGGAGAAGCAUGGUACCUAAAUAUUUUGGGAGAGCUUGAUGCCAAAAGAUUUUUUCAAAAUGAGGCCAGAAGAGUUUUGAUAGGCAAUAGAAAAAGUAAUGUAGUGUCCUUUUACUGGAAGGAUCAUUUAAAUGGCUGACUGGAAAUAAACUUCUGACUAUUUGUGGCCAUGGGAGAACCCUUGUACCUUGCCUGCUUUCACUAAAGUCAAAGUGCUGUACCAGUUUACUUAAAUCAGCUGUUGUUACUUUCAGGCUUGGUUUCUGGUAUAAUCUAGUGUCUUAUGAAUAGGGUUUAAACUGAUGUGAAUAAAAUUAUUAAAGCUCAUCUUUUCAGGUGUAGCUUAGCCACUUCCUGUGGGGGAGAAAUUUCAGGGCUAGUACCUCUGCAGAAAGCAUUGACACUUUUUCUUAUUCUGUCACAAGUAAGCUUCUCUCUAUGGUUUUUGGCUGGUGCUCCUACCUUGAUUGCAACACAGUGCAGCCUGGCUGGUGUAUGCGGUCAUCAUUCGUUGUCUUAUGCAUGAGCUGGGCAAUCAAGAGCUGGUUGCAGCUUUUAUACCAUUUUAAGUACAUCAGUUAAGACAAUAAGAAUUGAGAUCACUCCCUUCCAACCUCAGCCAUUCUGUGAUUCUGUGAAUAGGUUUAUUCACUGAUAUAAGACUCAGCUAUAAACUAUGCUUUAUGUCAGUAUAAAUAAAACCACCUUUGUUAGGUUGCACUGAUUUAACUAUUUUUUCUUAAACCACUGUAUUUAAAUCUGUGCCAAAAUCUUUACAUCAAUCUGAAAUUUUAGGUUUAGAAGCUGGUGAUAGUCUCCCACCUAUUCCCUUGCUUCUGUUCCCUGUCACUUUGUUGUAUUAUCUAGUUGAAUGAUACAACUUUAUCCAUCCUUGUUGACAACUAUGGUGCUUAUAUUCUCCAGAUGAUUGGUCUUUAUAGUGAGGUUCUGGACAAAUUGGACAGAGCAAAACGGUUUCUUCCAAAUGAAGAAGAAUAAUGACAGCCACAACUGCAAAAAAGGAGGACAGCAGUUUCUCUUGGAAACGUUCUGCUGAAUGAAAGAGGCUGUUAGCUCUGUGAAGGCAUGGGGUCAUGGGAGCAGUGGAGAAGAAACCAGGAUCUCCUCCUUGUUGGCAAUUAAGUUAUGUACUUUUUAGGAAGUUUGUUGAAUAAAUUGUUUUCCUCUAGAGAAUAAUUUUCAUUCUCUGGAGCUAUAUAACAGUUAGAAAUAAAUACUUAACUUUUUCAUGA